AUGUGGCCAUUUUCUGGCUGCGGCGACGACGCCUGCCGCCCGCCCUCGCCCGCCAGCCUGACGCUGGCCCACGCCGUCGCCGCCUCGCCGUUUGCCCUCGUCCUCGUCGUCGCGACCCUCGCCGCCGCGCGCCACGGCUUCCCGUACCUCUCGCGCGCCGCGCACGACGACGCCCGCGACGGCGAGGACCACGUCCUGCCGACCCACGCGCCGGCCGCCCUGCGGCAGGUCCACGCCGAGCACGGCGCCAAGAGCCUGCGCCGCCGCGUCGUCGCCUGGACCUUUGGCGUCACCGUCGGCCUCGCGGCCACACUCGGCACGCUGAUCCUCUCCGAGAUCCUCGAGGUCGGCAGCCGCGCCGGCCGCGGGCUGGCGCUGCGCAUCACGGUCCCCGCGCUGCUGUUCCUGCUCGUCGGCCUCGUCCCCUGGCUCGAGUGCAAGUCGCUCGUCAACGGCGCCGGCUGGAGCCUCCAGCGGUCGCCCGACAGCAGCGGCCGCCGCGUGCCCAAGUUUGCGUGGCUCAUGCAGACGGCGCUGUUUGCCUGCUGGCUGUUUGCCUUUUGGAAGCUCGGCAGCGCCGUGCCGUCGUCUGCGGUUGAGGACCUGCACAGCAAGAGCGGCGGCAGCGGAGGCGGCAGUACUUCUGACGAUGACGACGAGGCGCCGCUGCAGCUGCUGACCCGCGGCUGUCUGGAACGCAUCGGCGUCGUCGGCAUCUCGCUCAUGGGCCUGCUGGCCGGCUUCGCGUCCGUGUCCGCCCCCUGGCACACCCUGACGGCCGUGACGGACCGCCGCCGCCGCCCCGUCACCGACGCCGACGUCAACCGCAAGCAGACGGGCUUCGACGCCACCAGCGAGAUGCUUCUGACCAAGCGGCACCGGCUGCAGAUGCUCGAGCGCAAAGUCGCCGAUCCGCGCUUCGCCGAGGCCAAGGCGGCGACGGGCCUCAUGGGCAAGAUGAUGGGCUCGCUCCGCGGCACCCUGUCCGCCGAGGAGACCGAGAUCCGCGGCCUGCGCGUCGAGAUUGCCGGCCUCGAGACCAUGGAGGCCAACCUCGCCUCCAACCUCGCCCUCAUGCGGGGCCGGCGCAAGGCCGACUCGCGCGCCGGCACGGCCUGGGGCCGCAUGUGCCUCGUGCCCUCGUACCUCUUUGCGCUGUACUGCGUGUACCGCAUCCUCGCGACCACGCUGACGACCUUUCGCCGCGCGCACUCGCCCUCGGCCAGCUUCUCGAGCAGCGACCCGAUCAACCGCUUCCUGGGCCUGCUCGCGCUGCACUGGGACCCCAAGCUCGACCAGAUGGCGUGGGCGCGCAUCAUCAGCUUCGCCCUCAGCGGCGUCAUCCUCCUCGCCAGCGCCAACAGCGCCCUGCAGACCUUCCACCUCUUUGCCAAGUGGACGCCGGGCCUGCUGCGCCACGCCCAGGCCAACCUGGCCCUCGUCGUCGGCCAGGUCGCCGCCACCUACAUGAUCAGCGCCUCGCUCCUCAUGCGCAGCCAGCUGCCCCUCGAGGCGCGGUCGGCGGUCGGCGGCGUGCUCAAGGGCGCGCUGAGCCCCGUGUUUGUGGACGGCUGGUUCGAGGGCUGGUUCCUGACGGGCAGCGCCGCGACGAUGCUGGGGCUCUGGCUCGGGAGAAGGCUGAGCGGUGGACGGGAUGAGGACUGGGAUGAUUUCGGCAGCGAAGAGAUGGGGGCCAAGAGAAUGUAA